AUGUCGUCCCAAACUAUCUACCCAUCUCUAUGCGGCAAGGUCAUCACAAUUUCAGGUGCAGCAUCGGGUAUGGGUCUUGUAACUGCUAAACUGCUGUACCCGAUGGGAGCCAAGCUCUCCCUAGCCGAUAUUAACAAAGCUGCACUAGAGGAGGCAGCCAACGCUCUGAGAGCGUCCAACUCAUCCGGUACCGACGACAUCCUCACAACCGUUGUCGACGUCAGCUCUUCAUCUCAAGUUGACAAUUGGAUCCAAGCCACAGUGGCCAAAUUCGGCGCUCUCAACGGCGCGGCAAACUACGCUGGCAUCUUCAUCAAAUCAUCAAAGAUUGUAGACACGACUGACGAAGAAUGGGCAAAAAUACAAAGUGUCAACCAAGAUGGCACGUUCUAUGCAGUGCGCGCGCAACUUCGAGUCAUGAGUAAGCAAGGCACUGGAGGCAGCAUCGUGAACACAGCAAGUCUCGCAGGCCUGGCUGGUCGCUUUGCAUGUGCGCCUUACACAGCGAGUAAGCACGGUGUCGUUGGCAUAACAAGAGUUGCGGCCAACGAGGUGGGGCACUUGGGAAUCCGGGUUAGUGCCAUUUCACCAGGUGCAAUCAAUACGCCCAUGUUCACAACAGCUGCAACCCCAGAGAUAUUGACGGAGGUGGAGCAUGGUAUUCCUCUGAAAAGAACGGGCGGGCCCGAAGAGGUGGCGAGGUUGGCGAUUUAUUUACUAAGUGAUGAUAGUAGCUACUCCACGGGCGGGGUGCAUGCUGUUGAUGGAGGAGUAUUGAGCUGA